AUGGCGGAUAUACCGAAAGGAAUGGAACAUAUCGACCGAAAGGAGUUAUACACGUCGCUCCCUGCCAGAAUACAGUACCUUCAGCAAUUUCUCGAAUUUGGAGCAGACGAUGUCGCCGCCCUGAUUGAUGGUCAGAAAUACAUCAAAGCCAUUAUCCCGGCCAUCGUCAAUAUGGUAUAUAAGAAGUUGUUGCGACACGAUGUCACCGCACGCGUCUUCAGCACCCGAGACAGUCGCAGUGAGGAAAACCCGGAGCACUGGAUUAAGGAGGACGAUGCACAGAUCAGACACCGAAAGAUGUUCCUCAGAUGGUAUCUGACGAAACUCAAUUCCGAUCCCAGCAAAAUGGAGUAUUGGGAAUACCUGGAUAAAGUUGGUUUGAUGCACGUUGGCAAAGGCCGUCGAAACCCUCUCCACGUGGACUAUAUAUUCCUCGGUGUUUGUCUGGGUUACAUCCAGGACGCGAUGACAGAAGCGAUCCUCUCACAUCCCCGGUUAGAUCUUACGCGGAAAAUUGCAGUUGUCAAAGCAAUCGGAAAAGUAAUUUGGAUUCAGAACAAUCUGCUGGCCAGGUGGCACGUGGAUGACGGCCGGGAGUAUGCAGAUAUGCUUGAUGACGAGGAAAUUCAAGCCGAAGCGAACGAGCCCGAAGGGUACAUGCACGGAAGACGCGUUUUGGGGAGUUCAAGCGACGACACCAGUUCUGUCGAUGGGUCCUCGAUAUCGUCCGAAAAGAGCACCACCAGUCUUGGUCGGUCGAUGGAGCAAGUUCGGUUGAGUAACGAAAUGGGGAGAUGUCCGUUCAGCGGCAUGUCAAGCCCUGGCAGUGAUUUGGACAAGCAGCGAGCCGCCACCUGGCGACCGAGACGACGUGAGCCGGAGGCGAGGCCUCCUCCGACAGGAAUUCCCCGACUUUAUGUGGUGGAUGGGAAGACCGUUUGUAAGGAGAAAUUGGAGCCAAAUCCUUUCGAAUAG